AUGCCUCCUGCUCUCCAAUUGAGUGAAGACGAAUCUGCAGGGGAAUCGAUUCCCUUCAAUGAUGCCGAAGAACAACAACUGGUCUCCAAGAAACGUGACAUGCCCUCCGAUGUUGAUGAAGACGACAGCGACAGCGGAGAAGAGGGCGAUGAUGUAUACGUGGUUGAGAAGAUUAUGGGUCAUGAGUUUGCGAAAGAUGGCACUCUCCUCUUUCAGGUCAAAUGGAAAGGCUACGAAGAUCCCCAAGAUCAGACUCUGGAACCAGAGGAAAAUCUAGUAGAAGGGGCAGCGGAUGUCGUUAAAGAAUAUUUUUCCAUCAUAGGCGGACGACCUGAGAAACCAUCAAAAAAACGGAAAUCCAUUACGGGGUCUACACCAACGCCCGACACAUCGACCGUCAAAAGGUCAAAAAAAUCUCGCGACUCGGAAGCGAAUGGGACACCGGAAAUAGAAAAUAAUGUUGCAGAUUGGGUGCCGAAAACGAAGAACUGGGAUUCACAGGUCAAGUCCGUCGAUACAAUAAUGCGCGAUCCACCUACGGGUAACUUAUUCGUGUACCUCAAUUGGAAUAACGACAAAAAAGCGAAAGUUUCCAUUCAACAAUGCUAUGAGAAGUGUCCCCAAAAGAUGCUGCAAUUUUACGAACAACACUUAGUUUUCAAGGACGCUUAG